CGCGGGAACCCCGGGUCCUGCUGGCUCCGGAGCCCGGGGAGGCGGGGCUGGGACCGACCCGCUGCCGGCGCCCCCGCCCGUCGGACACGGCUCCGGGAGUGGGGCGCCCCGCGCCGGGACACGCAACGGCCAGGGCGCCGAGGCGGUACCUUUAGCCGAGCAAUGAAGAGAGCCGGGGAGAACCCAUCGGAGCCGACCGAGACGUUUCCUGCGCCCGGGGUGGCCGCUGCCGCCGCGGCUGCUUGAAACUCCCCAAAGUUGAGAGCCAGCGAGAGGCUGCCGCCCGCCGGAGCAGAAGGGAAAGGAACUCGGAAGAUGCAGGAGUGACGGACCGAGACAGACAGACUCGCAGACCUUCCGAAGACACCACCGUUGGCGGCCUAUCGCCAGAGCCAGUGAGGAGGCUUUUCGGCUCUGUUCACUGGUGGGAGGCUGAGCUGGUGGAAAGGCGCCAGGAAGAGACUUGGAGGCGACCAUAAUGUCUUUACGUUUACACACGCUGCCCACCCUGCCUGGAGUUGUGAGACCGGGCUGCAGGGAGCUGCUGUGUUUGUUGGUGAUCACGGUGACCGUGAGCCGCGGCGCCUCCGGGGUGUGCCCCACCGCCUGCAUCUGUGCCACGGACAUCGUGAGCUGCACCAACAAAAACCUGUCCAAGGUGCCCGGGAACCUUUUCAGACUGAUUAAGAGGCUGGAUCUAAGCUAUAACAGGAUCGGGCUUCUGGAUGCUGAGUGGAUUCCAGUAUCAUUUGUGAAGCUGAACACCCUAAUUAUCCGUCAUAACAACAUCACCAGCAUUGCCACAGGCAGUUUCUCCACAACUCCAAAUUUGAAUUGUCUUGACUUAUCCUCCAAUAAGCUGAAGACGGUGAAAAGUGCAGUGUUCCAAGAGUUGAAGGUUCUGGAAGUGCUUCUGCUUUACAACAAUCACAUUUCCUAUCUCGAUCCUUCAGCUUUUGGAGGGCUCUCCCAGUUGCAAAAACUCUACUUAAGUGGAAACUUUCUUACCCAGUUUCCCAUGGAUUUGUAUGUUGGAAGGUUCAAGCUGGCAGAACUGAUGUUUCUAGAUGUUUCUUAUAACCAAAUCCCCUCCCUGCCAAUGCACCAUAUUAAUUUAGUACCAGGAAAACAGCUGAGAGGCAUCUACCUUCAUGGAAACCCAUUUGCCUGUAACUGUUCCCUUUAUUCAUUGCUGAUCUUUUGGUAUCGCAGGCACUUUAGCUCAGUAAUGGAUUUUAAGAAUGAUUAUACCUGUCGCCUGUGGUCUGACUCUAAGCACUCCCAUCAGGUGCUUCUGCUCCAGGAUAGCUUUAUGAAUUGCUCGGACAGCAUCAUCAAUGGCUCCUUCCAUGCACUUGGCUUUAUUCAUGAGGCUCAAGUUGGGGAAAGGCUGAUUGUCCCCUGUGACAGCAAGACUGGCAGUGCAAAUACCGAUUUCAUUUGGGUCAGUCCGGAUAACAGACUGCUGGAGCCCGAUAAAGAGCUGGAAAACUUUCACGUGUUUCACAAUGGAAGUCUGGUUAUAGAAAGUCCUCGUUUUGAGGACGCUGGAGUGUAUUCCUGUAUUGCCAUGAACAGGCAGCGCCUGUUAAAUGAGACUGUGGAUGUCACAAUCAACGUGAGCAAUUUCACCGUAAACAGAUCCCACGCCCAUGAGGCAUUUAACACAGCUUUCACCACCCUCGCAGCCUGCGUGGCCAGUAUCGUUUUGGUACUCUUGUACCUCUAUCUGACGCCGUGUCCCUGCAAGUGUAAAACCAAGAGACAGAAAAAUACUCUCAACCAAAGCAAUGCCCAUGCGUCUAUUCUCAAUCCCGGCCCUGCUAGCGACGCCCCCGCUGACGAACGGAAGGCAGGUGCCGCUAAAAGAGUGGUGUUUUUGGAACCCCUGAAGGAUCCCGCUGCAGGGCAGAAUGGGAAAGUCAGGCUCUUUCCCAGUGAACCGGUCAUAGCCGAGGGCAUCCUGAAGUCCACGAGAGUGAAAUCCGACUCCGAUUCGGUCAAUUCCGUGUUUUCAGACACACCCUUUGUGGCGUCCACUUAAUUUUGUGCCUGUCUCCAUAUGCUGUAGUAAUUCAAUUAUUCCAUACUUAACUUUCUGUGCAGUCUGCAAAAUAAACAGCAGGACAGAAAUGGUGUUGUUUUGUGUUUUGAAAUGCAACCAAAUGGCCUCUUUAAAUGGUUACUAGGAAAUGUGGUAAGGUGCACUUUGAUUCCUCAAUUUGCCAGAGAAAGAUGGGGUUGUUUUCCAAAGUUUAAGUCCUAGACAACACUUAGACUUUAGCGGCACUGAUAAUUUCGAAGCUGGUCUGGAGGUGACCUUGUCUUUUUGCUCAGGAUUCUUGAAAGAAAUAUUAAAUUUCAUGUAUUGGUGUUCCUUAAAAAGAGACUUUACUAGCUUCUUAGGACCAAAGUUAUUUUAAAGAAAAGCAUUAGCGUCCUAUUUCAUUUUUUAAAAGAUGUAGAAGGAAGAACCAAAAGGCACUUACAAAGCACAAAGUCAGUUUAGAUUUGGGAAUAAUUCAUCUAAUUUCAUCAUUCGAGACCGCAGUAAACAGACUACACUGAUAAGAUUUGCUGGAUAAUGCCACAUCCCAAAUGCUGUUAGAUAAAUAGUGCAAUAAAGGUACAUUUGUUUGACUGUCUUCUUUCCAUUCUGUACAUUUCUUAGCCUUGCACAAAAGAUCUUAUUGAAAGUUGAAAGUUAUUGUCAUUUGUUGCCAUAAAUAUGUAGGUGUCAGUACCAAAAUGAAUAACUUCUUAACCCUUUGUUCUAGCUGACUAAUAUUUGUUCAUAUGCUCGUGUAUAUGUAAAUCAAAUUAUAUGAACUAUUAAAUAGAUCCUACUGUAUUGUGCUUUGGACAUUUGAAUUAAUGUAAAUACAUGUAUUCUGUGACUUGAUGUUCUGUUUUAUUUGGCUAUUUAAAAACAUAAAUCUAAGAUGUUUUAUGUGGUCAGAUUGUUCUGCUUUGUCUAAAGCACCCUCUCUAGCAAGCAUCUCUCUAGAUUUUUUGGAGUUACAACAUAGAGUUCAUCUUGUCAAAGAGGGUGAAAGGCUCUAAAGUGUUCUACCCAAUUUAUGCCUUCUCUAUGACACUUUACUCUGAUGUCAUUAUGUACUUCAGCCAGGUGUGGAAGACACCUAAGCCCCAAUUCUGUAGCACACUGAGAGCCCAGGCGACCUCCUCUUUGUUCCCAUGUCUGCUGUGAGGUGAUCAAGUACUCCUUCUGGACCUGAUUCCCUCAGCUAUAAAAUGAAGAUUGCAGGCAAGGUGAUGUUUUAGGUUCCUCCCCACGCUGGAAGUGAUGAUGUCCGGGUGGCCUUGUCUCCACCACAGACUUGUACGGGCUCUCGGAAACUGUCCCACAUACCGAUGGAACACAGGAGUGGGGUUGUUAGCCUCGCCUAGUGCUGCAUAGCCCUAAGGGACUUUUUGAACUGUCAAGUCCACCUCCUUCUCUUUCUCAGGGACAAAUGAAGCCCAGAGAAGAUUGUGGGUUAUGUAAGACCACACAGUGAAUUAGUGACCAGGAGGGAAGGACAGCUCAGGUACAGAUUCUUCCUGGCAAAGACAAGGGAGUCAAAGAAUGGGCAUGGAGAAAGAGCCAAAGAAUGAGACAAAAGAGUGGUCAGAAAGUGGCAAAGGAGAAUCAGGGCUGUGUUGUCCCUGGGGCUAAGAGAAAAGAGAAUUUGCAAAAGAUGGAAAUGGGGCAACAGUGACAAAAACACAGAGACGGACAUGACGAGGUGAGACUGACUAACAGUGGUGGUUUGGGGGAAACAGUGGACAUUUGGGGACAGCUCUGUAAGUGCCAAGCCAGGCCUCCUGUGGCAGACGCUGGUUAGCAGGGGGUUGAGGAGUGAGUUGCCCCCACAGAGUAGGAUGCAGAGCCACUACUCAGGAGCACUGAAAAUUCUUUGUUGCGGUGUGAAAAAAUUGCCACCUCUGCCUUUAAAACAUAAACAUCACCAGUUAGAUAAGAUCCUUUAGACCCAAAGCUGUUACAGGCAAACGUUUUAUUCCUGUUCCUGCCAUUUAAUUAAUUAGGAAGAAUUCUGUGAUUUGUAUGACCUUUGAAGUGCUCCCUCUUUCUUCAUACUUGGGGAAACUCACUAAAAGAUGCUGUGAUUUGUUCAGCUUCACAUAGCAAGUCUGGACACAAGGAAAAACUCUCGAACCACCGAUGCUCUCCGGCAAUGGGCAGGGCUGCCUCCAGGGGCCAUGAUUACCUUGACUUUGAGUGUGCCAAAGAGCAGGGCCAUGCACUGGCAGGGAAGUUACAGAGAGGGUCUCUGAAGUGCACCCUUUCUGGACAGGAUCCUUAGGGUCCCUCAGCCCUCAAAACCCUUGAUGCUAGGAAACCUGUGUUGCUUUUGGCACAAUAACAUGGACAGUGCUUGGAGGAGGGAGUUUGUGGAGCCUGAUCUUGGCUGGUCCUAGUAUAUUUUGGGUAAAUGAAGGAUGAGCUGAGAUUGAAAUUAACGUAUGCAUAAUCACAAUGAAAACAAACAAAAUCCUGAAUACUGAAAAGCAAAGCUGUAUUUUGAACAAAAGGAGGAUGGCAUGGUGGUGAAAAAGCAUGGAACUGAAUGUUACCAUGUGGAAUUCUAAGUUCUUAGGUAUAUCUUUUUUUUUUUUUUUUUGGUAGCAGCCUGAUCACAUGUAUUUUAAAUAUAGGAACAGAACUAAUUUGUAACUUAAAUUUGUCCCACUCAAAAAUUUUAUAUAAUUUUCCUUCCAAGUAAUAAUCUGGAUUAUGUAACUAGGUUAUUCUUUUAAGAUACUUAAUAUUUUUUAUUAUAGGGUUGUGAGAGAAGUGGAUACACAUUGGAGAAAUAAAGCAAAGAUCAAAGAUGUGAAA